GCGGUUGUCCAAUUAUACGCGAUAGACACAGCAUAUUAUAGAAGAGCAUAGCAUAGAAAAAAACAUAUAAUCAGUGAGAUGUCGCGACUUCGUUUAAUUGUUGUUAUUUGCUAUAUUACAACAAUGGCGUUAGGUAUACACACUUAUAAGGUGCCAAAAGCGAAAAUAGUUGUUUACUACCCGAAAGGUUUUCAAGUCUCCAUACCAGAUGAUGAGGACAUCACACUAUUCGCCUUCCAUGGCAAACUCAAUGAGGAAAUGGACGGUUUGGAAGCGGGUACCUGGUCCAGAGAUAUUACAAAAGCGAAAAAUGGACGUUGGAGAUUCCAUGCACGCGAUGCGAAAUUGCGAAUUGGUGAUACGCUCUACUAUUGGACCUAUGUGCUAAAAGAUGGUUUGGGUUAUCGUGAAGAUAAUGGCGUUUUUGAGGUGCGGGAAUAUGGAAAUCACACUAUUGACGACGUGGACGAAACAAAACACACACAGAGUGGAAAUGAUCGCAGCGGUGGCACGGGUGGAAGUGGCAGCACGAACAACGUAAGCGGUGGUGCUGUUGAUAACAAUAUGAUAGGCAGCGCUGCUACGGCUACUAAUAACAGUGAUACUGACCCUCACGGCGGCGGCUAUAUUACAACAAUGGCGUUAGAUAUACACACUUAUAAGGUGCCAAAAGCGAAAAUAGUUGUGUACUAUCCGAAAGGUUUUCAAGUCUCCAUACCAGAUGAUGACGGCAUCACACUGUUCGCCUUCCAUGGCAAACUCAAUGAGGAAAUGGACGGUUUGGAAGCGGGUACCUGGUCCAGAGAUAUUACAAAAGCGAAAAAUGGACGUUGGAGAUUCAAUGCACGCGAUGCGAAAUUGCGAAUUGGUGAUACGCUCUACUAUUGGACCUAUGUGCUAAAAGAUGGUUUGGGUUAUCGUGAAGAUAAUGGUGUUUUUGAGGUGCGCGAAUAUGCAAAUCACACUAUUGACGACGUAGACGAAACAAAACACACACAGAGUGGAAAUGAUCGCAGCGGUGGCACGGGUGGAAGUGGCAGCACGAACAACGUAAGCGGUGGUGGUGUUGAUAACAAUAUGAUAGGCAGCGCUGCUACGGCUACUAAUAACGGUGACACUGACCCUAACGUUGGCGGCGUGGGUCUUAUUGAUGUGCGCAUAGAUAAUUGCAAAGCUUCGCCCUCGUACAAAAAUGGUCUACAACAACAAUGCGCUAAUCAAUUGAUAUUUGUUGAUAAUUUCUCUGGCACACAAUUGAACAAAGAGCAGUGGACCGUUGAAGAGCGUUUCGCCACAAAACCAGAUGAGGAGUUCGUGCUAUACUUAAAUGUGUCGGAAGUGUUGCAAGUGAAGAACGGUAUGGUACGAAUAUACCCCGAACUGACCGCCAGGCAUUUUGCACAGCACGAUCAUCCGUUGCAAAUUAAACAUGAUAUAGGAUCACGUUGCACCGGGCGUGCGAACAGUGAAGAAUGUGUGCGCGAUGGCAGCGCAACCAAUUACUUAUCCAUACCGCCUUUCAUAGCUGCACAAUUCUCGACAAAAGGACACUUCUCCUUCAAAUAUGGACGCGUUGAGAUACGCGCGAAAUUGCCACGCGCCAACUGGGUCUUCCCGCAACUGUGGCUGCAGCCGGUGAAUGAAAAAUAUGGCGGCGUUGACUAUCAGUCGGGUCAAAUGCGCAUCGCAUUCAGCUAUGUAAACGACACACAAAUGCAACUCUUCGGUGGUUUGAUUGUAAAUGCGAAUAGCAAUUGGCGUUGGAAGAAGCUCUGCAAAUUCCCGAAUGCGCAUCAACACGAUUUGGGCAAUAACUUUCACCUUUACUCAUUGAUUUGGACGGAGCAGUCAAUUUCGGUAGCAGUUGAUAAUGUGGAAUAUUGUAACUUCAAUCCGGACAUAAGUGGUACGCUGGCAAAUUUGAAUGAGGACGAUGAGGAGUUGCCGAAUCGAGAUUCACUUAAGAAGGGUAGUAAAUUAGCGCCAUUCGAUCAAGAAUUCUAUAUCACCUUGGGUUAUGGUAUUGGUGGUCUGAAUGAUUUCAAGGAGGGUUUGUACGGCUGGCAACCGGAGAAACCGUGGAAGAACGCGGAUCCGCAUGCCAUGGACACGCUGCUGAAGGAAGCGGAAACCAAUUUUAAUCAAUGGUUGGAGUUUGGCGAAUUACUCAUUGAUUACGUAAAGGUUUAUGCAAUUUAGAGGUUUUGCAGAAUA